UUCAAUAAUUUCACUCCACAAACAAACACAUCAAUACGAUUAAUUAUCGCUAACACAGAUAACUACUUAUUGUUCAACUACUGUUUUACAUAGACGGGAGUUUUGGUUGGUUUUGUUGUUUGUUAUGUAUUGUGCUAUUUACGCAUGGUGUACGUAAAUAGCAAUUUUUGAUUAUUUUAUUUUUAUUUAGAUUUUUUCACAUUCUUCUCGAGUGCCAUGACUGCAAAUUUGAAAAUCUGGCGCGAAUCUGCAAGUCUGAUUUUAACGGCAAAAACAAUUUUUGGUACGCCAAAUUUCUAUAAUUAUAAAAUUGUGUGCCUAAAGCGCAGUUCUAAGUCGGGAUUUAUGCCAGACACUUAUGUUUUUCCCGGAGGAAAUCUAUCCCCAAGUGACAGCAGUUUGGAUUGGAUAAAAUUAUACGAAAAUUUUGGUUUUUGUAAACAAUCAUUUGAUGAUUUACAAGCCGCUGAAAAUAUCCCAAAUGUAUUAACACAGCACGAGACAAAUUGCCUGCCAAAAUAUUUAUCAUUUAGAAUAUGUGCUAUCAGGGAAACUUUUGAAGAAUGUGGUAUUUUGCUGGGUCGUCCGAAAAUAAACUCAGCUGACACUACUGUUUCCAAUUGGGCUUCAUUUAUCGGGGGAAAGGAAUUGAUAUUAUGGCAACAUAAAGUGCACGACGAUUCGGAACAAUUCCUAAAAAUGUGUUCUCAUUUCGAAUUUUGUCCCGAUGUUUGGGCGUUAAAAAACUGGAGUCAUUGGAUCACUCCACCCUCGUACUUGACGUCCAAAUUUAAUACAAUAUUUUUUCUAACAACUCUAAAUCAAAUUCCAACAGUGCAUAAAGAUGAAAGGGAAAUUCAAGAUUUAAUGUGGACCACACCAGAGCAAUGCAUUGAGAUGAAUAACCAGCAGAAAGUAUUAUUGCCCGUGCCGCAGUUUUACGAAAUGUCGCGGUUAAAAACCAUAUCGGAUGUUGAAUCCCUCUCAAAGUUUGCCACAGAGCGGGCCAAAUUCGGAUUUGAGACUUACUGGCCCAACAGAGUUAAAACAAACGAAGCGAUGUACACUAUUCUACCAGGUGACGAUUUAUAUAAGAAAAAUGAUGAAAAUAACUCUGAGAUCACCCAUGUUGAUCACCUUCCCGAAUCUCGAACAAAAAACAGGAUAUUGCACAGGUCGAAAUACUCCAAUGUGAUUGAAAUUGAGAAUUUUAAGCCAAAAUGUAAUCACAUCGCACCAUCAGCUUACUUCAAUAAAGGAUGUUAGUCAUG